AAUUCAAAACGCAAAAAAUCAAUACUGAACUUUCAUUACUUUCAUCUAAAUAAUAUGACUGAAAAAAUGAUACGUUAUAAAUUAUUAUAUAAAGUGGAACAAGUACAAACGAACAAAUAAGUGUAUGAACUCCCUUAACUAGCAUAAUUAUGAUGAGCUGUUCAAAACGACCUCUACGCUUGUUUAUAACAAUUUUCUCAACACAUCCGCAAUGACAAAUACCAAAUGAGUAAUUGUGAAAAAUUCCAAAAUUAUACUUGUGUCUUAUCUGUAUAGACAUACGUAUCAUAGUUGAAUGCAGCUAACUCGUCUGAACGCAAACAUUUAAUCUGUUUUAACCUCAAUGAGAUAAAAGAUUAAAACAUUUACCAUUGAAGUCAGUUUUAGACGUAAAGUGACUUUACGUGCACGUUUUGAAAUCAGAAACAAUGCUAUCGAUCAUAGGUAUCAUAAUUUCAGUGAUAACAGUUUGUGUCAAUGCUAAGAUAAAUAUUUACGUCACAGACACACCAAUAAAGAGGAUCGGUACUAGAUUAUAUAAACAAGAACUGCUUACAAAUCAAUUCAAAGACGUAAAAGAGUUAGCAUAUGAUUCAGCGAGUAGAAAUCUAUACUUUAUGUUCAUGGAUGACUCUAUACAGAACUCGGGACGUGCUUUCAUUAAUAUAAUAACAAAAAGGGCAGUGAAAAUCAAUGGUAUUGAAAGAAAUAAAGCGACGGCCGUUGAUCCAGAUACCGGAGAAGUAUAUUUCGGUUCAGACGAUGGUCUGUACAAGUACGAUCCCAUAGCAGAAGAAGCUACAAACAUCGGCUUAUACAAUAUGAAUAUAUUCAAAAUAGUUAUAAGAAAUAAUGAAAUGUAUCUAAUAGAUGCAAAUAAUCACAUGAUAUAUAAAAUAUUUGACCAAGGUUUAAAAGCAGUGUUAGUUGGAAACAUGAAAACAGUUAUAGAAUUCGAUGUCGACUACAAGAAGAACAUACAUUUUGUGACUAUGUGUGGUGUUUACUGUGCAAUCGAUGGCGUUGAAGUUGUUAAGAAUAAAGAUUUAAACGUAGUUUAUCAUUUUAUAUCUGAUGAAUACAAGACAUUCGGUGUUACUGAAAGUGGAUUGUACGAAAUCGAUUGUAAGAAUGGAACAGCGAAGCACGUGGCUUUCUUAGAUUUCUUCCCGCGUAGUAUUAUUUUUGGCGACUACGGCGAUAUAUUUUAUGCUGUAGACGAUAAUAUAUACAGGUUGAAACCAAUUAACUCGUAUACAAUUUACAAAAUACAUAGACAUAAGUCUUGAAUCUUUAUACUUUUUAACAACAACCAAUUAUGUACAUAAUUAAAUAAUUAAAAUUAGCUUUUAAAUUU